AUGGCGGCUGCGGCCGAGGACGGCCGUGUCUGGCUGGGGCGGAAGGUUUCAGGCUCUGUCUCGGAGCCGGCUGGGACGCUCCCGUGUUCCGGCACCGAGACGUGGCCGCUCAAGCGCUACGGCCGCUUUGUCUCCCCGGGAGCCCCUCCCUGCGGGAUGGGAGCUUCGGCCUCCUGGAAGGUUUUGGAGUCAAAUGAAGAAUCAGGCUAUCUUAUUCUCACCAUUGUUGUAUCUGGCCAUUUCUUUAUUUCCCAAAGACGGGCAGUACAGGAAGGUUUUUCAUUAAUUGAUGCCCACAAAUGGUUGAAGAUAGUAAGAAGAGCAGAUUGUCUGUUGUUUGGUUCAAAGUUUAAAAACGAAUGCCGCAUGUUUCGUAUUCAGUUUGGUGGAGAUUCAAAAGAGCAGGCGCUGGAACACUGCUAUAAUUGUGUGCAGAAACUUGCAGACUAUGUAACAGUUCAGGUAACAGAUGAGCAAAGCCAAGAGCUGCACCAAGGUCAUAGUCAGCUGGCUAACCGUGAAAGUCAAGUGAAGGACUCCGAACAAAAUCCAUCCAUGCUGCAUGGACCAAGUCAUGUUAUAGAUAAACCUCCAGCCCAGUCAUGCACAAACUUUCCAGAGAGACAGAGAUCCGUGACAGAGCUAGCACAGUCUGUGCUGAAAUCAUCAACAUUUGAGCUCCCCCUUGCAUAUCAGCAUUCCGUGUGGACUGCUGAAGAAUUAGGACCUUUUAUUCGCCUAUGUCUCAUGGAUCAGAAUUUCCCAGCAUUUGUGGAAGAAGUGGAGAAGGAGCUGAAAAAACUGACAGAAGGUUGAGGAAAUGUUAAUUCUGUAUUUCAGGUAAUAACAAGUAGAGUGGAUACAAAUUUGAGAAAAUCUGAUUUUUUUUGGUCAGUGUUUUAUUUUUAAAAACAGGUGAAUCCACUUUUUAUACAUCAUUGCACUUCAACAAAUACACAGAACACAAGUUCAUGCAUCUACAGUUAUGCACGGCAUGAGAACCCUGUAAGGUCUAAUUCUACAAUCAAUCUUUAAAUCAACAUGAGAAAUUACAGUGUCAAACUGAAGAGUAUUACUAGUUGCAUAGAAUAUCACCAUGCUGUAACAUUUCAACGUCAUUUAAAACAAAAAAGUAAAUUAUAAAAGUUGCCUGAAUUGAAUGUACAAGAAUAUGUUGAACACAUCAGUGCAAAAGGAUUU